AUUCCCGGCUAGGGGGAGGCUCGCCGCCACAGCCCAGCCAUGGCCACCAAGGCUCGGGUUAUGUACGACUUUGCUGCUGAACCUGGAAACAACGAGUUAACAGUUAAUGAAGGAGAAAUCAUCACAAUUACCAAUCCGGAUGUUGGUGGAGGCUGGCUGGAGGGAAAAAACAGCAAAGGAGAACGAGGACUAGUUCCAACAGAUUAUGUUGAAAUCCUACAUGAAGGUGCCAAAGAUGGAAUAUCAGUAGCUGACCAAGCCUUUUUUGACUGUCUCUCCUCAACUACUGCACAAAUUAACUCACAGGUUGCAAAAAACAGUAGCCAAGCUAGCAGUGCAAGUGACCCCUGGUCAAGUUGGGACAAUGCAACCACUGGUGAUGGCUGGGCAGUGAAACCUGAAACUAGGCAAAAAAACAGCUCUUCAAACAAUUGGGAUCCAGCAGCAUUUGGUCAUCCACAGGCUUAUCAAGGUCCAGCUGCUGCUGACGAUGAUGACUGGGAUGAUGAUUGGGACGACCCCAAAUCUACGCCCGCUUCCUACCUUGGUUAUAAAGACCCAGAGACUUCAGACCCAGCAGGGCUUCAGCGGGGGAAUAGUCGCGGGGCUGCUAUGAAAAUACCACUUAACAAAUUUCCUGGAUUUGCGAAACCUGGAGUGGAACAGUAUCUGUUGGCAAAGCAGCUAGUAAAACCCAAAGAGAAAAUUCCUAUAAUUAUUGGAGAUUAUGGUCCAAUGUGGGUUUACCCUACCUCUACGUUUGACUGUGUUGUGGCUGAUCCAAAAAAAGGUUCUAAAAUGUAUGGUCUGAAGAGCUACAUCGAGUAUCAGCUUACAUGUACGAACACUAAUCGAUCUGUCAACCACAGAUAUAAACACUUUGACUGGCUAUAUGAGCGUCUUUUGAUUAAGUUUGGAUCAGCCAUUCCAAUUCCAUCUCUUCCAGACAAACAAGUUACAGGGCGUUUUGAGGAAGAAUUCAUUAAAAUGAGGAUGGAGAGGCUACAAGCUUGGUUGACCAGAAUGUGUCGCCAUCCAGUUGUUUCUGAAAGUGAAGUUUUUCAGCAGUUCCUUAAUUUCCGUGAUGAAAAGGAAUGGAAAACGGGUAAAAGGAAAGCAGAGAAAGAUGAGAUUGUUGGUGUUAUGGUCUUUUCUAUGAUGGAACCAGAAGCUCCUGACUUGGAUAUGAUAGAAAUUGAACAGAAAUGUGAUGCAGUUGGCAGAUUCACAAAAGCCAUGGAUGAUGGAGUUAAGGAACUGCUGACGGUUGGACAUGAACAUUGGAAGCGGUGUACAGGACCAUUACCCAAGGAAUAUCAGAAAAUAGGAAAAGCUUUACAGAAUUUAGCACUUGUCUUCAGUACCAGUGGAUACCAAGGAGAGUCUGACCUCAAUGAAGCAAUAACGGAAGCUGGAAAAACAUAUGAAGAAAUUGCCAGUCUUGUGGCAGAACAGCCAAGGAAAGAUCUUCACUUUCUGAUGGAAACCAACCAUGAAUACAAAGGAUUUCUUGGCUGCUUCCCAGAUAUUAUUGGUGCACACAAGGGUGCCAUAGAAAAAGUGAAAGAAGGUGAUAAGCUAGUUGCUACCAGUAAAAUUACACCACAGGACAAGCAAAAUAUGCUGAAGCGUGUAAGCACCAUGUCUUACGCACUGCAAGCUGAGAUGAAUCACUUCCACAGUAACCGGAUUUAUGAUUACAAUAGUGUCAUCCGCUUAUAUCUGGAGCAGCAGGCACAGUUCUAUGAAACGAUUGCAGAAAAGCUGAGGCAGGCCCUCGGUCGCUUCCCGGUCAUGUAGAUACAGAGAAUAAUAACGAAGAACAAACUCCAAAGUGCUUUUCUCAAGGGAGGGGAGGAACUGUGAAUUCAAAAAAAAAUGUACUACAUCUUUGCCAUCCCAAAAAAACCUUUGUAAAAUACAAGAUGCAAAAAAAAGUGAAAACUACAGAUGUUUACUUUGUCAGCCUACAAUGCCUUGGAUAUUUAUGUAUAUUUUUUAUCUUGACUGCUUUCCCAAAUUAUCAGUUACCUAAGCGAAACUAGAAUUCUUUACAUAAUAUGGAUUUAAAUUGUCAAGUGAUUUGUUGCCAAGGGUUA